AUGGCUACAUGUGUUGGCGGCAAUCUGAAUGUCACUGGACUCCAUGUCUCAGUCAGGGUUGGAUGUCAUCACAAAACCAUAUGCAGUCGAACACGCCGGACCCAAACCCGUUGGAUGUCGAACCCGUCCAAGGAGCGCAUUAACCCAUUGGACCCGAACCCGUUGGAUGAAUCCAUCAACCCGUUGGACGUCGAACCCGUUGGACCCAACCCGUUGGACGUCAAACCCGUUGGACGUCAAACCCGUUGGACGUCAAACCCGUACCAGGAGCGCAUUAACCCGUUGGAAGUCGAACAUGCUGGGACCCAAACCCGUUGGAUGUCGAACCCGUUGGAUGAGGAAGUCGAACAGGCUGGACCCAACCCGUUGGACGUCAAACCCGUCCAAGGAGCCCAUUAA